AUGGAGUUUAUAGAUACUCCAAAUAUAUUUAUCUAUAUAAAAGGAUUAGAUGAACUAAUGGUUAACCAACUAGCUUACCUUAAUAAUAUAGAUAUCCAGAUUACAACUAAAAUUGAAAUUUAUAUUAAUAAGCUUAUAAAUAUAUUAAAUAAAGCGAUCCGAGUAAUCAGCAAGAUUAAUCGAAAGUAUUAUUUGGUAUUGAAGUAUGGUAUUAAAGGUUAUUUUUGUUAUAUCAAUAAAGUAAUCAAUACCACUACAAAAGAAAUGAUUCCGGUAUAUAAAAUUAUAUUAAUAAUAGUUUUUAUUAAAGAAACCAACCUGCCAUUGGGAAUAGUUAUAUUAGAACAUGCUAAGCUAUAA